CUGAAUCAAAGUGCAACUCGCCACGUCGACAAUUUUGUCAUAAACCUUCACCCAGUUCAAGUGUUCAGUUGUGUGCGUCUCUAUAAACUUUGUGAAAAUGUCAAAUGCUAACAAGGCCAACCCCAACGGUGCAAACCCCGAGGAAGCCAAUGAAGAGGAAGUAAUGGUCGAUGAUAUGGUGGUCGUGCCCCGCCGAGUUGUUUACGAGGAUCCCGUCGGGUACUACAAUCCGAAUAUACCAGAUAUCGAGGCCUACAUAUUGGACGCAAUGAACGAUCCCUUUGUACCUCCGUACCCGCAGGGCACCGUCUACUGGGGGGAAUCUGAAGGACACCAGUCAGUUCCCGAAAUGUUUCCCAGCACCAAUCACGACGAAGUGAAACCGAUUGAUAAACCUGGGACGACUUCUUCUGAUAACGCAAAAUUUGCUGAAGACAUGGAAGGGUACGAUUCUGAUCAUUUUAACAGUGAUGACAACUCCAUGGAGGGCUACUUGGAAAGACAAAAUCAAACCACAUCAAGCAAUAUGGCGGCGACCCAACAGCAAGAUGGUGUCAAAGUAGACGAUUCGAAGAAGCAGGAAAAUGACAAUCAAAAAUCCGAAGCACCUUCCACUUCUCUGGAUGGCCAAGGACAAUCAACCCAAAGAAAGGAAGAACAAACAGCCAAAGAACAAACUGCAUCGAUACCAAAAUCUGAAAAUGAAAAUAAUAAACUAGAGAAGAAAGUGGAAGAAACAAGAAAGCCCGAAGAAGAUAGUAGAGAACAACCAGAGGCUAAUAUUCAAUCAACAAACCAAGAAAAGGUAGAACGAAUAACAGAGAAAGAAAAUGUAUCUACAUCCAAUAAAGAAGAAGAAGAAAAAGAUAUUAAAAAUGAUAAAGAAGAGAAAAAAUCAACAGGAGACAAGACUGUAUCUGUAUCCAACAAAGAAGAAAAAGAUAUUAAAAAUGAUGUAUCUACAUCCAAUAAAGAAGAAGAAGAAGAAGAAAAAGCUAUUAAAAGUGAUAAUACGAAAGAAGAAAAAGAAUCAAAAGAAGACAAGUCUGGAUCUGUAUCCAAUAAAGAAGAACAAGAUAAUAAAAGUGAUAAUAAGAAAGAAGGAAAAGAAUCAAAAGAAGACAAGACUGAACAGUCAAAACAGGAAAACGGAGGAGAAACUGCUAUCAUUGAAGAAGAACAAACUACAACUAAAUCAGACAUUAUAAAACAAGAAGAAACAAAAGAACCAAAAGCAUCUGAAGAGAUUGGAACUGGGUCCAACAUCAAACAGGAACAAACCGAAACGAAACCAGAAACAGAAAAAGAAAAUGGAGAAGAAAUAAAGGACAAUGGAGCUUCGCCUUCUAAAUCAGAGCAAGAAAGAAGUAGAGAAAUCAAGGAGAAAAUACUUAAAACAGUUGAAGAAGCCAACCUGGAUCUUUUCCAAGGACAGCAAGCCAAUCCAAAUGGUGAAAACCUCCACCCGAACACUCCAAACGCAUCAGUGCUGAACUUAAGGCGAACUAGAUCACACUUGGAAAAUUUUGGGGUACCACCAUACCGAGUAAACACGUACCCACUACCACUGGUACAAACGGACUCCGCCAGUUUGUUUGGACCAGUACCACCGUUGUGCGCCAUCUGUGAGUACAUGUUGGACGAGAUCUGCGUCUACUGUCGCCAACCCCAAAACUACCCACGACAUUGUCCGGUCGCUCUCAGCACCUGCGACCACUUCAUUCACUACCACUGCACCAACGGAAUGGCCAAAUGUCCCAUUGAGAGGAGCGAUUGGAUUUUGAAAAACUUGUACAACCUGAGCAACCAGAAGAACAAGAACGAGAACUUGGUUAACAUUGAGGAAGUGGCGGCGGCAUUGCCCAAAGAACAAUCUGAAGCGGCGCCCAAUGGCAGCGAACCUUGUCGUGGAAGCCCGUUGAUGAGAUGCCUCUUUCAAGAGAAGAAACCACUCAAGGAAGGUGAGGUGGACCUCAGCAAGCCGAUGAAAAGGGGACCUUUUGUGACGGUGGAACCCGGGACAGUGAGACAGCCACAAACUGAAGCGGAGAAGAAGCUGUACGAAUGGCUGGGACCGGCUGGUCAGGUGGCAGCUUUUGACUUUUUGUUCAAAAAUCCGAAUAGAGCGGCAGAUGCUACACCUUCUACUUCUUCGACACGUUCAGGCGUGGAGAACGAUGCACCAAAAAUCUCCGGCAUUGUCAAGAAAAUGGUCAGCACUUACGAGUCUACCAAAAGCAACGGCAAAGUGGAGUCACCGAAGAGUAACGGCAAAAUGGAGUCACCGAAGAGUAACGGCAAAAUGGAGUCACCGAAGAAUAACGGCAAAUUGGAGUCACCGAAGAGUAACGGCAAAGUGGAGUUACCUAAAACUAAUGGUAAAGCUGAGCCCACCAAUAAUAAAGAGAAAGCUGGGCCCAGCAAUGGUACCGACAAAGCUGAGUCCUGCACAACUAAGAAGGUUGAAUCCACCCAAAUCAACGACAGCAUUGAGCCCAUUGGAAGUAACGACACCAGCAAAGCUGCCAAAAACAAGGACAAGAUCAGAAUGCCCUACACCAACAAAGAUGGUCCAGAAUGCAUGGUCUGUUGUCUCUCCCUUGACGACAACUGUCUGUUGUGCGUCAAAACAGGCCGCCAGACUAGAAACCCAGAAUGCCUUAGGGCUGGAAGCAACGAAAACAUCCCAGUUCACAAACACUGCAUCGAUUAUUACAUGGCAAAAUCCAAGGAGUCCAACAAACAUCCAUACAAGAUAGACAAGCUGGGAUCAAAAGAAGCCGUCAUCGACAGAAGACGCUCCAAAUCUCCAGAGGACGAUUUGUCGAAGGAAAACAUCAAACACCCAUCGAAACAAAACCCCAAGAACGACAACUGUACGAACGGCUCGAAACAACAAAUCACCACUGUUCCCGCUUCUCCAAAGAGAAAGUCCAAAUCACCGAAGAAACAGCAGAUCGACGAGCAGAAGGAGAACGUGUCUCCACGUCGCCUCGCCUUGGAGAAGAAGGAACUGUGCGACAUUUGCACCAAGAAGCUGAAGGACAUUUGUCAGAAAUGCAGGCGCAGGGGCAUCCACGAGGCCAACAGGGACUGUCCGGUCGCGGUGGGUGAAUGCAAGCACGCUUUCCACUUGCACUGCGUGGACGCCUGGACCAGGUUCUUCGAGCGUUGCCCUCACGAACAGGAGGCCAUCAGGAUGGCGAUGAUGGAUGUUCAACUUUAAUUAAUGUUUGUUUCAGGUUUGAAGACUGUAAUUUAAUUAUUUGUAAUUGUAAUUUUGUGUCAUUUUUAAUCGUUUUUAAUGUAUUUGAUUUUUUUUUAAAUAAUUUUAAUAGUUUUCCAAUGUUUUUGACUGUAAUUUUUAAUGUUUUGUAAUUACUAUUUUAUGUAAUUUUCUAAUUAUUAAUAAAACAAGUUUUUACAAUA